AUGGUGUCAAGCAGUUGUUAUAUGCCAGAUUCAAUUGAUUGGGACGACUGGAUUGAGUUGGAUGAUUUGUCUUCCCCUGUAAACACUAAAAUACUGGAAAGCGACGUCGACGACUCUCAUUCAAAUCCUGAAGCCUUGAGUAUGGAAGAGGGCUACUCUCAAGUCAGUUCUACCAUGAACCAGGCCCAAUCAGACCUCACAACUUCGACGACAGCAUCUCAGGCUAUUCAAUCCAUCACCAGCAUGCCUCAAACAGAUUUUGAAUCUUUAACUACAGCAACCCCAAAGAAAGAUGUUUCUAUGAAGAAAGACCAGAUUCAGAAAUUACAGAAAUUGCGAAAUGACUUACAGAAAGGGUUGUUGAUCCAAAGGAAUGAUGUAGAAGAGAAUAUGAUGGACGAAAUGCUUUUCUCCCUAUCCACCUUCGCGAAUCUGUGCAAACCAACAAUUUCCAUUCCUGAUACGAGAAUUUCAGAACUACUUGCAAAGGUUUACAAUCUCAGAAACCAUAUCCAUAAGCAUCAUAUACCAUUCCAAGAACGAGUGAAGAUUAUCCUCGAUAAUCUUUUUAAGAUCCUGGAGUCUGAUGAGAAUAUCAAAGAAUCAAAAUUGAAGCUCGAAGAAUCACAACACUUUGUGGUCGACAUAAAUGAUCCAAAGGAUACUUAUGCAACUGAGGUACACCUUUCAAAGGCUUUGGUGAAGGGGUUUGCAAAAAGUAAUGAACUGAGUCCAGUAUUACCACAGAAGCUAGUCGUGGAUUUGACCGAAUCAGAUGAUGAAGAAUCUGAGACAUCAUCUCAGGCAAAAGCCCAACAUCUGAGGCCAUCCAAGCUAAAGAAACGUAAGCGUUCAGAUCAUUUGGAAGCCAGUCCCAUAUCUUUACAGCGCACGAAACGGAAGCGGAUAUUUAAAAAUUACUUACCGCAAGAAAAUGCAUGGAUGGCGAAGACAUUAAAUUGGAUCGAUGAGAAAGUCAACGAGAAUAUUGGGGAAACGAUCAUAAUAAAGAGAUCUGACUUGUUGGAGUUAAAGAGUGAGGUGGAGGCUUGGCGUAUGGAGGAUUUGAAUGUUACGGAAAGAUUGUCUGGAUGAUUUCUUUUUAUUACAUGUAUGUUAUCAAGAUAGUUUGAAAUAUGUGUUUUCUUAAAAUAUCUUCUGUCAGACGACAAACUUGGCCUAAGUUACAAAAAACGAUGAUGAAUACAGGAAUUCCGCCAUUUUUAAAUUGUAGUAGCAAUGUAUAAUUUUGAUUGAUGGAAGUGAGUAACGAGAGAGUCAGUAUCUAGAAGGGGAGAACUAUUAAAUCGCUCCGUGCCCUCCUCAUUAUUCCCUUGUGUUUGCCGAUCUUACCCAAAGCUUGGACCCCUAUAGAUUUCGGUUCAAUGUACGGCCCCCCCUAAACCCUUUGCUCAAAUCAAUGCAAACGCCUAGCUGCCCGAAUUUACAAAUUCAGUUGAUUGAAAUGGUUCAAGUAAUGCUGCAGGGAACCAAAUCUUAAUUCGGUGCCUAUUUCAGAUUGAACUCAAGUAAGCUUCUUUCGAAAAAGUAAAGAUUAUGGAUAGAAUGAUUGGUGACUGAAUCAAAAUUUCGAAACUAGGAUGACUGUGCUACUU